AUGCAGUUAAAGUCCCUCACAUGCGCGGUCUUGCCGCUGCUUUUGAACCUUGCCAGUGGCGCUCCCAACAAUCGUAUCAUCAGAAGUCUCAGAGCACAUACUGGUCCUAGCUCUGCAGCCAAUUUCAGCAACAAUGUGUACCAAACUGGCUUUGACAACGUGACCUGGGACGAAGAUAAUUGGCUUCUAAGCACAACCAUAUUAGAACAGGGUCGCUUUGAAUCCCGAGGAUCUGUCGCGAACGGAUAUUUGGGUAUCAAUGUUGCCAGUGUUGGUCCUUUCUUUGAAAUUGAUAGUCCCGAUGAUAUCAACGGCUGGCCGCUUUUCUCUACCCGCCAGACCUUUGCAACGGUCAGCGGGUUCUUCGAUUCGCAGCCGACCACAAAUGGCAGCAACUUUCCCUGGCUGUCCCAGUACGGCGGCGACAGUGUGAUCAGUGGUGUGCCUCAUUGGGCGGGUAUUAUCUUGGAUCUUGGGGAUGGUACUUAUCUGGACGCAAAGGUAGAUAACGAGACCAUCUCCAAUUUCCGAACAACAUACGACUUCAAAGCAGGAAUCUUGGCCUGGUCUUAUAAAUGGACGCCUGGGGGGAACAAGGGAUCUUACCAGAUCACCUACCGUCUUCUUGCACACAAGCUGUACAUCAACCAGGCCGUGGUAGAUAUGGAGAUUGUUCCCUCCAAAGAAGCAAAGGCGAGCAUCGUCAAUGUGCUUGAUGGAGCCUCUGCGGUUCGCACAGACUUCGUGGAGACUGGCCAAGAGAAUGGUGCGAUAUUCUCGGCAGUGAGGCCGAAUGGUAUUGGUAAUGUUACGGCCUAUGUUUACGCGAACGUCACUGGGUCAUCUAAUGUCGAUAUUUCCUCGCGCAAGAUUGUCUCCAACAAGCCAUAUGUCCAUUCUAAUAAAUCCUCCAUUGCGCAAGCUAUGGAUGUGACUUUCAAGCCCGGUCAGGUUGUUCACGUCACCAAAUAUGUCGGGGUAGCUUCUACGGAUGCUUUUGAUGAUCCAAAACAAACAGCCAAGAAGGCUGUUUCCACCGCCAUGAAAAAUGGCUAUGCCCAGUCUGUGAGAACCCAUAUCAUGGAAUGGGCCAGUGUUAUGCCUGAAGGCUCUGUUGAUCACUACGCUUUCCCGAACGGAACCUUGCCCGCAGAUACCACUAUCAUCGAUACUGCAGUGAACUCUGUGGUUAACACUUAUUAUCUGCUGCAGAAUACCGUUGGGAAAAAUGCCAUCAACAACACUUCAGGAGCACCGGUCAAUGUGGACAGUAUCUCAGUUGGUGGCUUGACAUCUGACUCCUAUGGUGGUCAAGUAUUCUGGGAUGCCGAUGUGUGGAUGCAACCAGGUCUUGUUGCCUCUCACCCAGAAGCGUCUCAGCGGUUCACCAACUUCCGUGUGGGCCAAUAUGCCCAAGCACAGGAAAACGUUAAGACUGCGUACUCUGGAUCUCAGAAUCAGACACAUUUCAGUUCGUCGGCUGCAAUUUAUCCCUGGACUAGUGGCCGUUUUGGAAACUGCACAGCCACCGGCGCUUGCUGGGAUUACCAGUAUCACUUGAAUGGAGAUAUUGGAAUCUCCCUAGUCAACCAAUGGGUAACAAGUGGCAAUACAAAACUCUUCAAGGAGAAGCAUUUCCCAAUCUAUGAUUCCGCGGCUACACUCUUUUCGAAUCUGCUAGUUCGGAAUGGCUCACAUUGGACAUUGACUAACAUGACAGACCCUGACGAGUAUGCCAACAACGUUGAUGCAGGUGGCUUCACAAUGCCGCUGAUUGCUGAUACACUCCAACAUGCAAACACCUUCCGUAAAGACUUUGGAUUGGAAGAGAAUGCGACCUGGGAUCAAAUGGCUGAUAACGUCUUAAUCCUGCGCGAAAACGAUGUGACUCUCGAGUUCACUACAAUGAAUGGAAGCGCUGUAGUCAAGCAAGCUGAUGUGGUUAUGGUCACUUUUCCCCUGGGUUAUACAGCGAACUAUACCUCCGAAAACUCACUGAAUGAUUUGGACUAUUAUGCCGCCAAACAAUCCGCUGAUGGACCUGCCAUGACCUGGGCUAUCUUUUCUGUUGUCGCGAAUGAGAUGGCCCCCUCUGGCUGCUCAGCAUACACCUAUGCUCAAUACUCCUACAAGCCUUAUACCCGCGCGCCAUUUUUUCAACUAUCGGAGCAGAUGGUAGACAAUGCUACCAUCAAUGGUGGAACGCACCCAGCGUAUCCAUUUUUGACUGGUCAUGGUGGCGCCAACCAGGUUGCUAUAUAUGGCUAUCUUGGCUUGCGGCUGGUACCAGAUGACAUCCUUCAUGUGGAUCCGAACUUGCCUCCUCAGAUUCCAUACUUGAGAUAUCGCACCUUCUACUGGCGCGGGUGGCCUAUUUCAGCAUGGUCAAACUACACGCACACGACCAUCAGCCAUGCCACGGGGUCUGCUCCAUUGGAUACUGCUGAUCAACGAUUUGCCAACAAAACAAUCACAAUUCACUCUGGCCCAGAGGCCGAUGCCACUAUUUAUCGCCUACCUUCCAAAGGCUCCAUUGUCAUUCCUAACCGACAGAUUGGAUCCGAGAAUACCGUGGAAGGUAAUCUCGUGCAGUGCCAGGCUGUCACCUCUUCAAAUGCAUUUGAGCCUGGCCAAUUCCCAAUUUCUGCGGUGGAUGGCGCAGCAUCUACAAAGUGGCAACCCUCAUUGGCGGCCGAUGUCAGCGCUGUAACAGUGUCUUUCGAAGAGGAGGCCGGUGCUAUGGUGUCAGGAUUCUACUUUGACUGGGCACAGGCACCUCCUGUCAAUGCCACAGUGAUUUUCCACAACGUGACGUUGAAGAAUCCUUCCAGUGCGCUUUCCGCUCAAAGCCCAGACUACACAGUUGUUCACAGCAUGACAAACAUCAUUCAAUCAAAUCCCUACGACUCCGAUACUACAAAUCUCGAUGUCAUUGCUAUCCCCACUGGCAAUACAACGAAUGUGACUUUGUCAUCUCCCGUACGAGCAGCACGCUAUGCAUCUCUACUUAUUGUGGGCAACCAAGCCCUAGACUCCGUUGAUGUUGAAGCCAGGAACGGAACUGGUGCGACUGUUGCCGAAUGGGCCAUUAUCGGGCAAGACAAGGAGCGCAGUUCUUCCUCAGCCACUAAACCAAAGAGAAAGAUCGACGUGCGUUUUGCAGCGGCCGUAUCGGAGACUGAUCCUUUCAUGAGGCGGCGUCGGCAAUUUUUAUCUCGGCUUUAA